GCUCGAGCAUCUGUAGUACAGUCGCGAGGAGGAGGAGGAGGACAACGGUUGGCCGACGUUCGAGACGCGUACACCGGACACUCGCGCAACGUCAGAAGUUGCCAGUCGGUUCCUGCUUCUCUCGGUCCUGGUCAUUUCUCCACCGUAAACAACAACAGGGGGUUUCAUUGUGCACGGUAAUCAUGGCAGAAGCCCACCAGGCGGUGGCUUUCCAGUUCACAGUCACCCAUGAUGGCAUCGACCUGCAGCUGUCUCACCAGGCCCUCACUGAAAUCUACCUCUCUGGUGUCCGUUCCUGGAAGAAGCGGAUCAUCAGACUCAAGAACAGCGUGAUAACUGGAGUAUAUCCUGCUAGUCCUUCCUCCUGGCUUUUUGUGGUCAUAGCAAUCCUGGCUACUAUGUACACCCGCUCUGACCCCUCCAUGGGACUCAUAGCCAAGAUCCAGGAGCACCUGCCUGUCAGCCAGUCGAUGAGUACGCAGUGCCAGGCAGUGUUGUCGGCGGUGCUCUUCAGCACCAUGCUGUGGCUCUUACUCAUCUUCACCAUGCGUCUGUGCCUCAAGCAACUCCUCUCUUACCACCGAUGGAUGUUUGAGCAGCAUGGCAAGAUGUCCACCACCACCAAAGUCUGGGUGGCGCUGGUGCGGAUCUUCUCUGGCAGGAAGCCUCUGCUCUACAGCUACCAGGGCUCGCUGCCAAACCUCCCAGUGCCCACCAUCAAGGACACAGUCAAGAGGUACCUGGAAUCAGUACGUCCGCUGAUGGAUGAUACACAGUAUGAACGCAUGACCAAACUGGCCGCGGAGUUCGAGAGCAGCAUCGGUAACCGCCUGCAGUGGUACCUCAAGCUCAAAGCUCUCUGGUCCUCCAACUACGUCAGUGACUGGUGGGAGGAAUAUGUCUACCUACGGGGACGCAGCCCAAUCAUGGUCAACAGUAACUACUACGGCAUGGACUUCUUAUAUGUGACUCCAACGCCCAUCCAGGCAGCCAGGGCAGGGAACAGCAUCCACGCAUUCUUCCAGUACCGUCGCAAACUCAACAAAGAAGAGAUUAAACCUAGUCGCAUACCAGGCACUGUCAUUCCUCUGUGUGCUGCUCAGUGUGAGAGGAUAUUCAACACCACACGCACUCCUGGAGAGGAGACUGAUACUCUGCAGCAUUGGCAGGACAGUGACUACAUAGUUGUAUACCACAAAGGCCGCUACUUCCGCCUUAGGGUGUACCAGGCUGGUCGACUUCUCUCUCCGAGGGAGAUUGAAUAUCAGAUACAGAGGAUUCUCGAUGACCCGUCACCUCCUUCCAAAGGGGAGGCCAAACUUGGAGCCCUUACUGCUGGAGACCGAAUCCCAUGGGCUAAAGCCAGGGCGACGUACUUCAGCAGCGGAGUCAAUAAACGCUCUCUGGACUGCAUUGAGAAAGCUGCCUUCUUUGUGACCCUGGAUGAUGAAGAACAGGGCAUGAUGGGAGACGACCCAGCAGCUAGUUUAGAUCGCUAUGCUAAGUCAUUGUUGCAUGGGAAAUGUUAUGACAGGUGGUUUGACAAGUCCUUUUCAGUUGUUUACUACAAGAACGGGAAGAAUGGCAUAAAUGGAGAGCAUUCGUGGGCUGACGCCCCAGUGUUGGCACACUUAUGGGAGUACACCCUGGCCACCGACAGUUUCCAGCUUGGUUACAAUGCAGAAGGUCACUGCAAAGGAGAAGUUGAUUCAUCACUGCCGCGACCACAGAAGCUGAAUUGGGAGAUCCCUCCAGAAUGUGAGGAGCAGAUCUCCCAGUCUCUGGCCGUGGCUCAGGCCCUUGCCAAUGACGUGGACUUCCAUGUUUUCUCCUUCCAAGACUUCGGCAAAGGAAAGGUCAAGAAGUGUCGAGUCAGUCCGGAUGCCUUCAUACAGAUGGCUCUUCAGUUGGCCUACUACAGGGACCGGGGGACUUUCUGUUUGACCUAUGAAGCCUCAAUGACCCGUCUGUUCAGGGAGGGCAGGACCGAGACCGUUCGCUCCUGUAGCAAUCAGAGCAGUGCCUUUGUCCGAGCACUGGAGGGUGGAGAGGAACCAGAUGUGUGCAGGCGUUUGUUCCGUGCAGCGUCAGAAAAGCACCAGGAACUAUACCGCAUGGCCAUGACUGGAGGAGGCAUCGACAGACACCUCUUUUGCCUCUAUGUGGUGUCCAAAUACCUCGGAGUGGAGUCUCCUUUCUUAAAAGAGGUGCUGUCUGAGCCAUGGAGGCUGUCCACAAGUCAGACUCCAGUCCAGCAGGUGGAGCUGUUUGACAUGGUCAACCACCCAGAGUACAUCUCCUGUGGAGGAGGCUUUGGACCUGUGGCUGAUGAUGGUUAUGGGGUGUCCUACUGCAUUCUGGGAGAAAACCUGAUUAACUUCCACAUCUCGUGCAAACACUCCUGUCCAGACACUGAUGCCCACAGGUUUGGCAGUCAGAUUAGAAAAGCCCUGCAUGAUCUGAUGCAGCUGCUGGGCCCAAACCAAAAAGAGCCCAACAAAACAGAAGAGAGACGGCACCAGGUCAAGAAAGAUCAAUAGAUGCUUCAACGGAGGAAAAGGAGGUUGAGGAAGGUGUGCCAACAUAAAUGUUCCGUUAAAAAGAGAGAAAGAGCUGGUUGAUAUAGAAGAGGUGAUAAGUUAGAAGGUGAUGUUUUUAUUGAUAUGCAUCUUAAUUCAUGUGUGUUUUUAUUAGCUGUGUGACGGAUGUGUGGAGAGAGAACAAUAAACGAGUACUGUACGGUUUAUCGAUUUAGUUUUAACAGGCGAACCAUCUGAAAAAUAAGAAUCCAGAACAGAAUAAAAAUGUUAUUAUUGUGCCAUGUGACUAUUAUAAAAAAGCCAGUACACACUGCACCACUCAAUGUUAGGGUAGGAAAUCCUAACGGCACCUUACUGCAGGGAAUAAUUUAACACAUAUUCAAGUGCAACAUGUUUCGACACUUUUAAGUAUGCCACUAACAUUAUGUUUCUGAAUUUGGAAAAUGCUGUUGGACGCGUGUGAUAUAUAUUUUCAUCAUCGGAGAGGAAUCAUACAGAACUGUCGAGGCGAUUUCAUUUUCUACUAUCUGAACGCAACAUUGCUGUGACAGUGACACCGGGUAUUUUAAAAUGUUGGAAGUCUGUGACUUCUCAGAGUUUACUCAACGUACAUAUGUAUUUAAUCUGCUUUUUACAUACAUGAUUGUAAUGCUGUGUUGAGAGUACCAUGCCGUUGAUAUGCUGUAUGUGUAGUGAAAUGACACGGCUCCUUUAACUUGACAGGUAAUAUAUUCAGUGCCAAAUCAUCCAGGAGAUAACUAACUUACCUGUGCGGACUACGUAGGUUAGGCUUUGUUUCAGUGGUCAGUAACCAUUUCAAACACGUUAAAAAUGUGCCCCAGUUUUUUUCUGUUUUAUAUUGUUUUGUAUUUACCACUGUGCAAACACGCACCAUAAUAAUGCAAUUGUAUUUAUGAGCAUCAUGUGCUAUGAUGCCUUGGACAGUGCUGCAGGUCAGAUGUGGGUUAGAUAUUAAGUGAGUUACCAGUGACGCAGGUUCCUGUUUUUUUUUCCUCCAUUGAUUCUUUUGUUUUUACUCUAGAUCAGAUCAGCUUGUUUCACUAUAUUGCUAUUGUGAGCCUUUUUAAUGAAAUAUUACAAGGGAAUAUAAAGAAAUUCUUAGA